CCACCACCAUAUUGGUGACGGCGCAACAGUGUGAAUUCAGCCGCGCAUCCCGCACGAUGGCUUCGAGUGCCGUGGACCAGAAGAAAGUUGAUGAAAAGCAUAUCAAGGCGAUCCGAGAGUUCCAGAAGGGGUCCUCGGCCAACCGCCGAUGCUUCGACUGCAAUGAAAUGGGACCGCAAUACAUUUGCCUCGACUUUAACACGUUCAUAUGCACGAUGUGCAGUGGCAUCCACCGGGAAUUCUCCCAUCGCAUUAAAUCCAUUUCCAUGUCGACAUUCACCGACACCGAGGUGAACAACAUUAUCAAGGUUGGCGGGAACGAGGCAGCUCACAAAUAUUGGCUUGCGCGCUUUGACGUCAACUCGCAACCCAGUUCCAACUUGAACUCUCGCGAUCGCAUUCGCAACUUCAUCCGCGACGUCUACAUUGAUCGACGAUGGGUAUUCGAGGAGCCCAAGCCAAGACCAGAGCCUAUCAAGCAGGAGGUGAAGAAGCAACCAGUACCCAAGCCUGCUGCCCCCGUCGACUUCAAUCCGUUCCAGAUCGCGCCGCCACCGUCUUCGUCGACCCCGCAAGCAUCGGUGGCAUUUGGUGACUUUUCUAGCUUCGACAAACAUCAACAAUCGACGGCGGCAGUCGACUUCGCCGACUUUGCGUCGUUCGACCAGCAGCCCACUGGGCAAGCUGAUUUCGUCGCCGACUUCGACUCACACAACUCGAGCACGAGCGAAGCCACUGUCAACUUCUUCCAGUCUCCGAAAGCAGCCACCGUUGGCACUCACCAACACCCGACCGCGUUUCAGCCGUUCGGAGAACCCGUGACCUCCACAAAGCCCGUCGAUUCCAUCUUUGGCUCCUUCGACACCUCCCCUGCUUUCCAUCCACCUGUGGCCACACGCAGUCACGAUCCGUUCGAAGACUUUCCGACCUCCCCAGCUCCCGUGCUUCGUCAGCAAGCUCCAUCAACGUCGACAAAUAAAGCGAUGGUGAUGUCGGACCCCUUUGGCGAUUUCGAUGCGGUCGUGCCGACGUCCAAGACCGACCCGUUCUCGAACGCGUUCGCAACUCCUGCGUCAACACUAUCGUCGUCACAAUUCACUACGAAGGCCUCCGCACAUGACCCAUUUGCGUCGAUCGACGCGCCCGUUCAAAAACCUGCAGCUACUACCGCCAGCGUCGAUCCAUUCAAUGCCUUUGACACACUCGUAGCACCCGAUCCCCCAACUGCCACCUACCAGACACCAUCGUUCAACACGGCAGCUGCCGUGGAUCUGUGGGGCCAGCCACCUCCGCCGUCGAAGCCCCAGUCUGGUUCAUCGGCGUUUGGAAGCACUCCGUCGACCACGUACGCGCCUCAAGCGACGCAACACAAGCCCCAUCCGCCAGUGGAACAAACUGGUUACUUUCCCACGAAAGCCACCCCGUUCGAUGCAAUGUACUCGUCGAACCAAGCGUCGAACCCGGCGUUUCCCAGCAACCCGGCUGCAUAUUCGAGCCAUUCAUUUGUCAACAAGGACACUGCGCCCCAGAAAUCCCUCGUCGACCCAUUCGCGUCAUUGGACAUUGGCAUCAAGAGCAGUACCGCGGCAUCGACGCCAUAUCACGUUUUGCCAACGCAUCAGUUUCAGUCCCAUGGAUUCCCUGCCAACCAGCCACACUACGCGAGCAACAACCAGUCGAACUCGUACCAUCCCAAUAUUGUCGUCGCCCCUGUAAGCCAAAAACCAACGUCGACCAACCCCUUUGAUAUGUUUUAAGAUGGGAAAUGCGCAACCUACGACUUGCUUGCUGGUCCUGGCGUGCCGGUUCAUCACGUGGGGGAACAGGGUCACAUUGGUAGUGAGUUGGGAGCAAGGAAGUGCGUCGUGCGAGGUUGCAAUCGUGGAAGAUUUCACAGCGUGAGCACGAGGAUGGCGUGUGUCGAUCGUUGAAAGAAGAGGCAUUGCACACUGCAUCAGCUGACAGCAACGGGUGAUAAGGUCACGUGCGAAAAGUCUUCUCGAAGAGAUGGCUGCCUUGACAUGACGUGAAUGUUCCAUGCAAUGUCCAUGUCUGCUUUCGACGGGACGGACGGUACUGUGUUGAUCGUUGUGGUCGUGUCGUCUUCUUCAGGGAUAGCGUAGAGAGGGAAUCGCCGUGGUGCGAGUCGUAGUGAUCUGUCGUUUAAGUUGCUGUUGGCGGGUCGACACCGCGAAUACGACCGGCGCUGUCGAGUGGGUUGUGCACUUGCAGGAAGACGACACGGACGACUGCCACGUGACACGGUCUUUCGUGAACUUUUCGUGGUGGUGCUUGACGUUAUCGCUGCAAGGCCAACAACCAUGAUACCCGCGGCAAUGGCAAGAGGACCGAGGCGCCCCACCAUGUUGGAGAAGAAUUGGUAACUGAAAGAACAAGUCAAACUUGCUCGUGA